AAGCGCGUAAUACGGGCGCGAGGCGUUUUUGAAGCGCGGCUGGGUGAACGACGGGCGAACGAGCGGCGGCUCUGCGCGCGCCGCGCACGGGGUCAUCCCAUACGCUCGCGCGGUGGGGAGGUCAUAUUAAGUUCUUUAUGUCAUGCAUCAGCCCGCGCAGAGUGACUUGAGGUGUGAACGAUGGCAGAGCAACUUUCUACCAUAAGAAGAAAGUUUAUUGAAUCGGUGUCCAAACCAGUGAUCAGUGAGCUCCUGGACGGCCUUUUAGAGGAUGGCGUCUUGAAUGAUGGAGAGAAAGACUCUAUACUUGAGGAGAACUGUGGCAGAGCAGACAGAGCACGAAGUCUCAUCGACACCGUGAAGAGGAAAGGAGAUGCAGCCAGUAAAAAGAUGAUCGCUCACAUUAAACGGGCUGAUCCAACACUUUACUCUGAACUGGUUCUGUCUCAUGCUGAACCGCCAGAGACUUUAAUGUUGUGUCUCCCAGCGAAGGAGAAACAGAAGAUGACGCGGGAUGAGACGGAUAAUGACAUUUACCCUGUCACAAAAGAAAACGUCAAAAACCGCGUGGCUCUGCUAAUCACUAACAUAACAUUUACCAACGUGAUGUAUAACAGAGGCGGAGCCGAUAUAGAUGAGAAGAACAUGGAGAAGCUGCUCUCUAGUCUGGGAUACGAGGUGGUGAAACACACCGACCUCACAGCAGAGCAAAUACAUAAAGCCGUCCUCGAUUUCUCCAAACACCCAAAACUCAGGCAGACGGACAGCGUGUGGGUGGUUAUGAUGUCUCACGGGAAACUGGGAAACAUUCUUGGGGUCAACUAUAAUGAAGCUGACGCGAAACCGGACCAGUUCAGCAUCAACAACAUUUACACGUGCUUAGAUUCCGAGCACUGCCCAGCGCUGCUCAACAAGCCCAAGGUCAUCGUCAUCCAGGCCUGCAGAGGAGUUGGGAAAGGAGACGUGCUGAUCAGUGACGGGGCCACGGCAGCUGAUGAAGCGCCGCAGUCGUGUCCGUCUGACUUCGAGGACUUUGAGGAUGACGCUAUCCGACGCGUACACAAGGAAAAGGACUUCAUCAGCCUCCUCUCCUGCACCCCCGACACCGUCGCCUACAGGCAGAUCGAUCGCGGCUCUUUGCUCAUCCAGUUCAUCGUUGAGGUCUUUAAGCCUUCUGCCGAACAAGAUCACAUCGAAGAGCUUUUCCGCAAAGUCAUGCGACGCUUUGAAGACUUUAGUAAAGGCAAAAUUAGACAGAUGCCAACUAAGGACAGAUGCACUCUGACCAAACACUUCUACGUCUUCCCUCGUCCCUGAGAGCAACCAGCAUCAACACAGCGUUUAAGUCCUUCACCACUGUAAUAGGUUAAUAGGUGAAAGUACUAACUCUACUCGAGCUGGCCGAAUAAAAUGUUCGCCGCUGUUGGACAAAUACUGCAUUUAAUUAAGAUUUACAAAGGGAACUUACAAUUUCCCUAACAGCCACCACUACUAACUACUAACACCCCCCCCCACAUACACACUGACCACUUAACAACCGUAUACUGUACAACUUCCCCCAAAUGGAUGAAUUUAGUGCUCCAGAUAAUUUUAGACAGACAGACAGACAGACAGACAGACAGACAGACAGACAGACAGACAGACAGACAGACAGACAGACAGACAGACAGACAGACAGAAUAAAUAUCUUUAUUGCCCCGCGAUGAGGAAAUUACCAAUUCCCACACCUGGACACACCUGUGUGAUGCAAAGAGCCCACGAUCCUCAAGUUGCUUCUGCCUUUUAACUCCUUUCUCUGGCUCUGGUGGAAUGUCUGUCUGCACCAAUAGAAUUGUUUAUGCCACGUUAUCUCGCUGUGCGUGAGAAUGCAAACAUCGACACAUGACAACUGUGUUGGAUAAGAAAUAGCACAAAGGCACAAAUUUUCCAUUACAGUCAAGUGUGCUUACUCAAACUAAAAUAGAAGCAGAGCAUUAGGGUUGUUAUUAAUUAUUUUUUUAUUUAUGUUUUAUUAAUUCAUACAUCAACAAUGUAUGUGAAUUUGUCUUAAAAGAAUAAAACUAUUACAACCUG